GCGCCCCUCCGAGCGGCGCGCUGGGCUCCGGAGCGAUGGCCGCAGCCGAGUCCCGUGCGCUCCAGUUUGCCGAGGGCGCCGCGUUCCCAGCGUACCGGGCCCCCCAAGCCGGCGGGGCGCUCCUGCCGCCCCCGAGCCCUGCGGCAGCCCUGCUCCCUGCGCCGCCCGCGGGCCCCGGCCCAGCGACCUUUGCGGGCUUCCUCGGCCGGGACCCCGGGCCGGCCCCGCCGCCCCCCGCCAGCCUGGGCUCGCCUGCGCCCCCCAAAGGCGCGGCCGCCCCGUCGGCGUCGCAGCGCCGCAAGCGCACGUCUUUCAGCGCCGAACAGCUGCAGCUGCUGGAGCUCGUCUUCCGCCGGACCCGGUACCCCGACAUCCACUUGCGCGAGCGCCUGGCCGCGCUCACCCUGCUCCCCGAGUCCAGGAUCCAGGUAUGGUUCCAGAACAGGCGUGCCAAGUCUCGGCGUCAGAGUGGGAAAUCCUUCCAACCUUUGGCUAGGCCGGGGAUUAUCCUCAACCACUGUGCUCCUGGAACUGAAACGAAAUGUCUGAAGCCCCAGCUGCCUCCUGAGGUAGAUGUGAACUGCCUGCCCGAACCAAACGGGGUUGGAGGGGGCAUCUCUGACUCUAGCUCCCAAGGUCAGAAUUUUGAAACCUGUUCCCCUCUCUCUGAAGACAUUGGUUCAAAGCUGGACUCAUGGGAGGAACACAUCUUUUCUGCCUUUGGUAACUUUUGAGGAUUCUGGGAGAAUUCGGGAUAAGCUCUGAGGAGCCAUGACUGACAGCCUGGGAGAGACACAUCAGCAUACUGUCCUUUCUGACUUCCAUGCUAAGGACAUGUCCUUGUUAACCUUGAUGAUGGUUUUGACAGCACCUCUCACAUUUGAAGGUACCCCGCCACUUUGUCAAUGAUGUUUUAAGCCCACACUCCCACCCCAGAGUUCCCUCAUUCGUUUUUACCUGUGUUCUCUCCAAGCCUGCACAUUCCAUUGGUCUGCAUCCCUAUGCCUUCUUGCCAGGCCUGUUUUUAGUUUUUGGACUGGUUGUUCAGAACUCAUUAUUUUCUUCACAAGAAUGCCUCAGCUUGACUCAGUUUCCCCUUGUGUUUGACAGCUGCCAUUUUCUCCUGGUCCCUCCAAGGCUUAUAAUCUUAAACUCACUCUACCCCGUCUCUUCAACCCUCAUCCUAGGUUUAUUACUUUUUAAAAUUGGGCCUGUCAUCUUCACGUUCAAUCAUAGCUCCAAUGACUCUGCAUGCAGAUUAUUUCGACAGCCCCCUUGCCUCUAGCUUCUCAACUACUUAAAAAAAAAUUACCCUCUGUGGGCCAGGUGCAGUGGCUCACUCCUGCAAUCUCAGCACUUUGGGAGGCCGAGUGGGUGGAUCACCUGAAGUCAGGAGUUCAAGACCAGCCUGGCCAAUAUGGCGAAACCCCAUCUCUGCUAAAAAUAUAAAACUUAGCUGGGCACGGUGGCGGGAGCCUGUAGUCCCAGCUACUCAGGAGGCUGAGGCAGGAGAAUCACUUGAGCCUGGGAGGUGGAGGUUGCAGUGAUCUAAGAUCGUGCCACUGCACUUCAGCCUGGGAGACAGAGGGAGGCUCUCAAAAAAAAAAAAAAAAAAAAAAAAAAAUUAACUCUAUGGUUCUGUGGUAGCCUCCAGUUGCUACCAAAUUAUAAAAAGCUUUCAGUUACCCUCCCAGAUAACUGAUAUCAUCCUUAGCCUGCAGGACAGCUAUGCAAAUCUGAAGGUCAACUAUCCACAAUAUAUGCUUUGGUCUUAAAGUCACUCCUUUCAGUUUUGAACCAAAUUCAUACCUUUUGCUUUCAAAACACUCGAGGACUCCCCACCUGCCUUCUGAAGUCUGAAAUUUUCUCUAAGUAAUCCUGAUUUUGCACCUGUUACUUCGAUCACUCCAUUACCCUUAGCACUUGUUAUUGUACUUCCUGUGCAAGUUUUGUGAUUAAAUGUCUUUCACAAAUGUUCCAAUGUAAUUUCUAUUUAAAUGAAUUCUUCUAGAUAACUCCUAGUACAGUGCUUCACUCCACAAUUGCUCAGUACAUACUAUGUGGCCAUGAAAGACAUUUCUAAAAGUUUCUGCAAAUGUAGUUUUUAGCCAGUAAUCAAUAUUAUAUCAGCAGGCCACUGAGCUGAGAAAUUUAAUUUGGUUAAAAACAUUUUUGCUUGAAUGUUUAAUAAUAUUUUAUGAGUAUGUUGGUUUUGGGAAAUUUCUCUUUGCAAUUUAUAAUUCUAAAUGUAUGUAAAUAACCGUUUCUAAGUCAGUCUAAGAUCAAUUAAAAUAUUUUGAUAUUUUGAGAGUUUUCAAACUC